AUGAAGGAAAAAGAAAAGCAACAUGACAGCAAUAUAAAAGGUCCAGAGUUGCUACCUAACGGACGAGUAAAAUGCAACCAUCCUUGUAAAGAUAAACAAAAGUAUUUUGCUUAUCAUUAUCAAAUGAAAUCACAACCAGUUAUUCAUGACGAAUAUGGUUUUCUAGACCAAUCAUGGUUUGAAACUUGGAAUGAGUUUGAUUUAAUUUCAAUAGUGGAUUUAGAUGAGGAUAGGUUUUCUGAAUUACCAGAAAUGGCAGUAGGAAAUAAGAAAGAUGCAAACGAAGAAUUAGUGAAUGAAGAAAACGAGUUUGAUUUAAUUUCAAUAGUAGAUUUAGAUGAAGAUAAGUUUUCUGAAUUACCAAAAAUGACAACAGAAAAUAAGGAAGAUGCAGACGAAGAAUUAAUGAAUGAAGAAAUUAUGAAUUGUAGUGAUGAAAUGAAAUGUAAGACUUUCACUGAAGCAUUAGAUGUUUUCGAUUAUGUACUUCGAACUAUUAUUUAA